UCUUUUCCAUUACUUCCGGUUCCUCUGAUCCCUUUCCAUCCAACCUUAGGACACGAGCUUGUGGUCCACAGUGAUGUUUUUCCACCGUACUGUUGGUCUGUGAGAGGAAGAUGAAGUGAAGGGAGUUGAUUUAACACAGUGUGUUAAAGCCAGACAGAGAGGAUAGAUCUAUCGAGGGACAGAGAGAGAGAAAGCUAUAUAGAUUUGAACUCAGUGAAUGGCUUCUAGGGGCAGAAUGAUGCAUAUUAAAGGAGAAGGUCCCCUACUCCUUCUUCCCACUGAGGACAGAUAAAAGUAAAUAGGAUUAUUGACAGCAUAGAACAUUUUCAUUAAGGUGAGGAAGAAAGUCUUGGCCUCAAGAGUUCCUGGUUGGGAUAAUUGCCCACAUUGGUAUUUGAAUGCCCUGCUUCCUCAUCCUGGAGGAGGCUAGAGGGUGGCGUAAUCAAGGAACUUAUGCAACAGCAUAACAUAUGUAAAGCUCCUAGCCCAAUAAACAAGAAUCUCUCUCCUUUUGUAUAUUGGGGUAGCUAAGAGAUGCACAGACACUUCCAGUAGAAACACAGAAAUAACUAACUGCAACUAUGGAGAAUGAUCAGGGCUCUGGUGUUUAUUUCCCACGGAGCUGGGGAGCACUGCGGCCGCUAUGAGGAACUGGCUCAGAUGCUGAUGGGACUGGGCCUGCUGGUGUUCGCCCACGACCAUGUUGGCCACGGACAGAGCGAAGGGGAGAGGAUGGUGGUGUCUGACUUCCACGUUUUUGUCAGGGAUGUGCUACAGCACGUGGAUGUUAUGCAGAAAGACUACCCCAGGCUUCCUGUCUUCCUUCUGGGUCACUCCAUGGGAGGCGCCAUUGUCAUCCUCACAGCCGCAGACAGGCCAGGCCACUUCGCAGGCAUGGUUCUCAUCUCGCCUUUGGUUCUUGCCAGUCCAGAGUCGGCAACAACUUUCAAGGUUCUUGCUGCGAAAGUGCUCAACCUCAUCCUGCCAAACAUGUCCCUGGGCCCCAUCGAUUCCAGCGUGCUCUCUCGGAAUAAGACAGAGGUGGACCUGUACAACGCGGACCCACUGAUCUGCCGGGCGGGGCUGAAGGUGUGCUUCGGCACCCAGCUGCUCAAUGCCGUCUCACGGGUGGAGCGAGCCCUCCCCAAGCUGACCCUGCCUUUCCUGCUGCUCCAGGGCUCUGCAGACCGCCUGUGUGAUAGCAGGGGAGCCUACCUGCUCAUGGAGCAAGCCAAGAGCCAGGACAAGACACUCAAGAUAUAUGAAGGUGCCUACCACGUUCUCCACAAAGAGCUUCCUGAAGUAACCAACUCUGUCUUCCAUGAAAUAAACAUGCUGUGUGGAUCUGGCCUGGAGUCACCUCAGCAUUCUCAGGAGGCCAGCGGAGCUGUGCAGAGGAACCUGGUUUUAGAAGCGGUGCUAGGUCACACCCUGCUGGCCUUGAGAAGGAGGAGGAGGAGGGCAAAGGCCAGGGGCCCUUGGAGAGAGAGGCAGCCAAUCCUGGUUCCAUCUGGGUGCAGGAUCCCAGUAAUGGGGAUGUUGGCCCAAGCCCUGGUAUGAACACAGCACCUUUCCGUUGGCCCCCAGCGUACUCUUGUCCAUGCAGGAGUGGAUACAUGCCUAAAAGCCUGUAUGGGAAAGAUGCUGCCUGCAACCAGUGGAGAUCCCAGCCUGGGCUUUGUGGGGAUCCUACCCCCACUCUUUGCAGGGAUGUGUGAUAGGCAGCAUCCUCCGCCGUAGCAGCCCUAAGCUUCUGGAAGGCACCUGAGAGCACUGCAGGUGGGUGGCCACCUGGCCCACUCCGCACCCCAUCGAGGGCCCGUGGGCUGUCUCACACUCUUCUUUCUCUCCGGAUGAUUGCUAACAUAGUCCUAUUAAGAUCACCAUGAUUUCCCAAGCAAUUUACCAGUUUGUAAUUGUCACUGCAGCUCUGCCACAUCCCUACGUAUAUGCUGUGCGUGGGGGCCAUGUUAUCACUUUAGAACUAUUAAAGGAACCAAUGUAUGCUACAGUUAAUCCUAAUAAACCAGAUGUUUUCUGAGUGCUGUCUGUCCGUCUGUCUCCACGGGCCAGGACCCUGGGCUACACCACGCUCUGCAGAGAGAACAAGAGGCCUUCUGCCAGGCAGUGUGGAGAGACUCAGCUGGCUGCCCACACUGCGCUGGUCACC